AUGGUUAUCAAUAAGAAACGACUCUAUGUCGCUUUGUACCCCAGUGGAGUUGUCAACAAUCCAGAACGCCGCUACCAUUGGGGAUUUCUUGUCGGGCCCAAGAAGGAAUCGACCCCCGAAGUUCCUGGCAUGCGCUACCACGUCAAGAAUCUUCCAGUUGGAGGCUGGGUUUAUGAGGAACUUUCUCUUCCCAAUAUUCGAAGCACGACCAGACUUCUCGCCCGGAUCGUGAUCGCCAAGGUCGAAGAUGAAGAUCAGCUUGUGGACAUCAUUCGUAACACACCAGUCGUGCAGAACGACCCGAACUGGCGAUGCCGCACCUGGGUCGCUGAUGUUUUGUCAAGGAUUGCUCAGGACGGAAGAGCUGUUGGGACUUCAGAACUGGAUUGGGAAAAGAUCGAGUCUGUUGCCCGUGAAUAUGUCGCGAACAAGAUAGAGGCUGGAAGAUAUUUGCAUGGAGAGGACAUGUUGUUACCAAAACCGACUUGGGACAUGCUACAGGGUAAGGAGGUUGUACCUUAG